AUGGAAAAAUUUCUUAAUAUUGAAUCGAAACGUAAACAAAAUGAAGACAACUGUAAAGAAGAAAAUAAACAGACUAAUCAUAGUACAUUAAAUAAUAAAUCACGUGAUUAUUUUGUAAGACAACUUGCAAAAUUAGAAAAACAAUCUUCUAGUUUCGUUAAACAGACAAGCGUUCCAUCUAAAUCUCUUUUGGCUUCAUAUAAAGUAGCAUUUCGUAUUGCACAAUGCAAAAAACCUCAUACGAUUGCCGAAGAACUUAUUUUACCAUCAGCAAUAGAUAUGGUUUCUACUUUGAUAGGAGAAUCUGUAGCAAACCAACUUAAAAAUAUAACUUUGUCUAAUAAUACUAUUAGUCGGCGAAUUCAAGAUAUCUCAGAUAAUAUAAAUGAUCAGCUUAUUGAUAAAUUAAGAAAUAAAAAUUUCGCGAUUCAGCUUGAUGAAGCAACCGAUAAUAAUAAAGACGCAUAUUUAAUAUGUUAUGUUUGGUUUAUGGAUGGAGUAGAUAUUAUAGAAGAAUUUUUAUUUUGUAAAUCUAUAUUAAGUGGUACUAAAGCUAAAGACCUAUUUGAUAUCACUAAUAAUUUUAUGGAUCAUAAUAAUAUUAAAUGA